UGUUAACCUAUCUUCCUUGUAAAAUCAUAUUGUUUAACAUAAUAUCGGCUUGUUCUACUAUACAUAAUAAAUUGUUCAAAUAUAUGUACAUAUAUUGGACAAACUUCAUUCAAUUAACCUUUAAUAGCAUAUUAAUGACAGUUUAUAUGUAUGUAGUAUGUAUACAUCAUGUACAUAUCGACCAAUAAUAAGAUGUGCAAAUAAUACAGCUGCGAUAAGUGACCAAUCAUUUGCAAAAUGAUUGUUAUUUUGUUAUAUCACUUAUAUCGUAAAGUAUACCGAGUUAUGAAUAAAUAUAACGCAAUGUACUUCUGAUAGAAGAAGACGGUUACGUUCAAUAUGGUUCAAAGUGACAUAAAAGAGAGACUCGAAGCUUAUAGACGUCGUAAACGAAGGGAAGAAAUGAUAGAAUCUAUUAAGAAUGUGAUAAAAACUGUCCUACCGUGGAAUGGAAAUAAAUCAGCUGAAGAUUCUUCGGUGGCAGCACCGUUAAAAUCCGAUAUCAAGGAUGACCAGGAUGCGGAAAGUACCUGUUCAGAUGACAGUGUAGACCAAUCACAAUGUACAAUGCUAAGAAUAGUGACAUAUCUACUGUAUUUUCUUUUAUGGGGUACCUUGUAUAUAAUUGCGAUUCAAUAUGAAUUUGGAGCAGUAUAUUUUAUUUUGUCUACAUUAAUAUUUAUUUGUCUAAAUACUCGAUCUAAACCAAAAAAGUCGGGUGAACUUAGUGCCUAUUCUGUAUUUAAUCCAAAUUGCAAAGCUAUCGAAGGAACACUUGAUGCUUCUCAAUUUGAGAGAGAAAUAAGAUAUGGCAUAGGAAACAUACAUUAAUUUAAAGUUGUAGAACAUUUAAAUUGAUCUAAUUUAUCACAGGUAAAAAUAAUACAUAUUUUGUACUCACUUGUAUGUGUAUAAAUGUUUGUGUCUGUGUAAUUCAUAAUGAUAUGCAAAUGAAAAAUAGGAACUCUAAAA